AUGAAGUUCUCUCUCUUCGCUCUCCCAGCCCUCUCUGUCCUGGCUUGGGCAGCCCCUACCUCUGUGGAAAACGCUGCCGUCGAGAAGCGCCAGACCCAAGGCACUCUCGAGCAGUGGCUCGUCACUUUGAACGAGGAGCUGAAGCCAUUCACCUCCCACAUGACCCAAGUCACCGCUGCACUCCCAGAGGAUGCCUCUGUUGAGGACAAGGAGGCCGCUGCCGAUUCGAUCAUGGGUGACAUCGCUGGUAUCCGCCAGGCAUUCCGCGAGACCACUGCCAAGGUCAACGCUGUCCGCGCCCAGAAGCAGCAGAAGCGUCAGACACUUGCCGACCUUCCAGACGUCCUCGGCCAACUCGACGGUCGUCCAAUCGUCCUCGCCAACCUCCUGCUUCCUAUCCUCCAGCAGCUGAACCCAGCUCUCGGCUCUGUCCUCAACACUCUCUCCUUGACUGCUGUUUACGUCGCUCUCCAGCCAUUCCUCACCACUGAGCUCCCAGCCCUCGUUGUCGGGCUCAGCGGCCUUGUUGGCGGUCUUUUGGUAGCUCUUGCCCCUCUGCUCGCUGCUCUGGGCGGUAUCCUGGCACCAAUCGUCGCCGCUCUCUUGUAA